CAAAAUUAUUUGAUAUGCAUAAUAAUAAAAUUAUUUAAAUAAUUUAAUCUAGUUCUUCAAUAUAAUGUGGAAUUGUACCAUAAAAUUCACUCUAAAAAUUUUACAAGUGUUCUUGAGUAAAAAUUGCUGAUCCUUUUUAAAAAAUAAAAAUAAAAAUAAAAAUAAAAGCCCUAAAAAUCUAAUUCCAAAAUUUCGAUGAUGUUUGUGAAUGUGAAUGUGAAUGUUUUGGCUUCUUCCCUGCCAAAAAUGGCGUCUUUGUGCUCCCUCCGAUUCCACUCUCUCUCUUCUCAGCAUCGAAUUUGUAGCAAUGGCGUUGGAAUUGAGCUCAGAACUGAACUUGGAUUUGAUUAUGCCAAUUUCAAGCUCAAUCGUUCCAGAAAUCAUGGCGGAAAACUCGUGUUGACUGCUUCUACUACCGAUUCCACCGUUUCGACUCAGUCCGAUUCUGGUCCAAGUGAGCGAAGUGCUUUCAAUUUGGGAAAAUCUUUCCAGAAACUUCAACAAGCUGUUGCUUCUCUUCCUCCUGUUGUUGUCGUGAUCAAUAAACAUUCUGGAGUAAACUUAAUACUUGGAUUUUUUAUUGCAACUACGUGCCUGAUUAUUGCUGUGAGAAUUUAUGUGGCAAGACAGUUGAGGGACACUAGUCCUGGCUCUGUGGCAGAUCUUGUUAGACGUGGCCAGCUCAGAUCUGAUAGAAGAGGCAUCUCCAAACCUCUCAAAUAUGAAGACCCAUUUAAUAAUCCUAUGAUCAAAGUAAGCAACAGUAAUACUUCAGUAGAGAUGUGUGGAACGGUUUAUCGGUUGGCCCCAGUAACUCUGACAGAAGAACAGCGAGCAAUCCAUCAGAAAAGAAGAUCAAGAGCAUAUCAGUGGAAGCGCCCUAAGGUGUUUCUUAAGGAAGGGGAUGAAAUUCCACCUGAUGUUGACCCUGAUACAGUCAGGUGGAUUCCAGCAAAUCAUCCUUUUGCAACUACUGUUAGCGAUAUUGAUGAAGACCUUGCACAGAACAAUGUGUAUCAAAAGCAUGGAGUUCCAUUUCGCAUUCAGGCUGAGCACGAGGCAUUGCAGAAGAAGCUGGAGGCCUUGCAGGGUGAGCAAAAAUUCAACAAGUUAGUUAUUGAUCCUGUGAAUGCCAAAGAUUUUGAAAGGGCCUACAGGACUCAGUCGAAAUCACAUGAUCGUGCAGAAAGCAGGACUCAAAAUGGCCAAUUAAAUGAGUCUAAAUCUCCCAAAUCAGAUCCUCUUCCCGAGAAUUCAGACAGCAAUGCAGCAUCCCCCGAAGAUGAAGUCUGAGUAUGCUGCUUCCCCUCUCUAUCCCUGACCAAAAUCACCAAAUGUUUUAUUUUAUUGCAAAAUUUUGCAUGUCAGAGCUGAAGCAUUUUAUAGUUCAUACAGCAGUGUACAUAAAUACUCAUUAAGUUACAAAAUUUAGUGGUCGUUACUCAAAACAAUACCCUUAAGAUCUCCCCCUACUCUCCCUUUUUGAAGAACUGGUAUUUAAGUCUUCUGAGCGCCAAGUAGCAAUGUGUACAGUUUUCACGUUCACACUUGAUUUCCUGUAAGCAUGUUGAAGUCUAUACUUCAACUACAUUUGAUGAGUGAGAGCCUGACGUCGAGCAACAAGUGCAAGGCAAUGGAUGUAGGAGAUCUAGAAGCUAAAAGGGAUGAAUGAACCCCAACUUAACAUCAGUAUGAUAACUGAACAUUCACUCUGGAUCUGCUCACAAGAUUGCCCUGGCCACACCUUCAUAUUGAGUUUCGACCAAUCUCUCCAAACGGGGUGUUUUUUUUUUAUGCCAUGAAGCCUCCCUUGUUUCAAGCUAUCAACUUGAGCUGCUCAGUAUUUAUAGCAAUUGGUGCGUGCAAUGCAUAAAAGUCCAUGAACAAUGGAAAUCUGCUUCACUGUAGAAAAAAAGUGUGACAGUAGUUAUGACUUCUAAUGUUCCUAACAUUUAACUCCGUAGAUGUUUUAGUAUUUCAGACAAUUUAAAAAGCUCUGAGGAAUGUCAAAGAAGCAGGGUCGUGAUCAAAAUUAACUGUAUUUGAAUCGAAAUUACUUUCAUCCUGAAAAUUACUAAUC